UCACAGCUAAUACCUUCUUUCUUCGGCACCCACCCCAGCCCCUUUCAAUACUAUAAAUACUUCCAAACUCUCUCUGCUAAGUGCUAUCCUCAUUUCCUUCACUACCAAGCAAAACCGCCAUAAAUAAUCUUCAAAUAUAUAUAUAUAUAACACACUCUUCAAAAUCUUCACUCUCUCACCUCUUUACAUAUAUAUAUAUAUAGAGAGAGAGAGAGAGCUAGCAACCAAUAUAUAUAUAUAUAUAGAGAGAGAGAGAGAGAGAAAGAAAACUUACUAAUUAGUUAUAGGAUGGGCAACGCAGACUAUGAAUGCCCGCACCCUGUUGCGAUUCCUCCAACAAAGCCAUUCUUUAAGGCACUGGGCUCUUCUCUGAAAGAGACUUUCUUUCCUGAUGACCCUUUCCGUCAAUUCAAGAACCAGUCUGUUUCUAGAAAAAUCGUACUGGGUCUUCAGUACUUCGUUCCCAUCCUUGAAUGGGCUCCUCGUUACACUUUGGAGUUCCUCAAAGCCGACGUCAUUGCUGGAAUUACCAUUGCCAGUCUAGCUGUUCCUCAAGGAAUAAGCUACGCAAACUUAGCCAACUUACCCCCAAUUCUUGGGCUUUAUUCAAGCUUUGUGCCGCCAUUGGUGUAUGCGAUGUUGGGAAGCUCAAGGGACUUGGCAGUGGGAACAGUGGCAGUAGGGUCGCUUCUGAUAUCUUCAAUGCUAGCGAAAGAGGUUAAUCCUUUUGAAAAUACAAAGCUCUAUGUUCAGUUGGCUCUCACUGCUACUUUCUUCGCUGGUCUUUUUCAAGCUUCUCUCGGCUUGUUAAGACUUGGGUUUGUGGUAGACUUCUUGUCACAUGCAACAAUAGUGGGUUUCAUGAGUGGAGCAGCCACAGUGGUCUGUCUUCAACAGCUCAAAGGGAUACUUGGUUUAGUCCAUUUCACUCAUGAGACUGAUCUUAUGUCUGUCAUACACUCUGUCGUUUCUCAAUCACACGAGUGGAGAUGGGAAAGCGGUGUUUUAGGUUGCUGUUUUGUCUUCUUUCUCAUGCUUACCAAAUACCUUAGCAAGAAAAAGAAAGCUUUCUUUUGGAUAAACGCAAUGGCACCUCUAACAUCUGUGAUCCUGGGUAGCCUUCUAGUCUUCCUCACCCACGCUGAACAACAUGGCGUUCAAGUGAUUGGACAUCUGAAAAAGGGAUUAAAUCCAUCAUCAAUAACCGAGCUAGCAUUUGGGUCACCAUAUCUAACAACCGCCGUUAAAACCGGCAUUAUCACUGGUGUUAUAGGCCUUGCUGAAGGAGUAGCAGUUGGAAGAAGUUUUGCCACAUUGAAGAAUUACCAUAUUGAUGGAAACAAAGAAAUGAUUGCUUUUGGAAUGAUGAACAUUGCAGGCUCUUGUACUUCUUGCUACUUGACUGCUGGACCAUUUUCAAGAACCGCAGUGAAUUUCAAUGCAGGCUGCAAAACCGCAGUCUCUAACAUAGUGAUGGCAACCGCAGUGAUGUUCACACUGCUAUUUCUAACGCCUUUGUUCCAUUACACACCACUUGUGGUUCUUUCCUCCAUUAUCAUAGUUGCCAUGCUAGGUCUCAUAGACUAUGAAGCUGCCAUCCACCUCUGGAAGAUUGACAAAUUGGAUUUCCUUGUUUGCAUCGGAGCUUAUGCUGGUGUUGUCUUUGCCAGUGUCGAAGUUGGCCUAGUUAUCGCGGUCACCAUUUCCGUGCUAAGAGUGCUUCUGUUCAUAGCGCGGCCGAGAACCAUUGUUUUAGGCAGAAUUAACAACUCCAUGAUUUACAGAAGCAUUGAUCAAUACCCAGAUGCUAACAAUGUUCCUGGAGUUCUUAUUCUUCACAUCGAUUCGCCCAUCUACUUUGCCAAUGCAAACUACUUGAGGGAAAGGAUCUCGAGGUGGAUCUAUGAUGAGGAAGACAGGUUAAAAUCUUGUGGACAAACUAGCUUACACUAUGUUAUACUUGACAUCAGCUCGGUUGGUAGCAUUGAUACAAGUGGGAUCAGUAUGCUUGAGGAGAUGAAGAAAAAUGUUGAUAUAAAGGGUAUGAAGCUCGCGUUGGCAAACCCAAGAAGUGAGGUGAUCAAAAAGCUCGAGAAGUCAAAGUUCAUCGAGGCAAUCGGUCAAGAAUGGAUAUACCUUACAGUAGGAGAGGCAGUGGCAGCAUGUAACUUCGUGAUGCAUACCUGCAAAUCAAAUGCAGGUGAAAUGGAACAAAACAGACAAGAUGACAAUGUAUGAUCCAUAAUCCACCAAGGAGGGAAUUUUUUUGACGCCUAAUGGAUGUGGGACAUCUAUAUAUAUGGAGGCAAUGACUUUAAUCCAAAAGGGAUGCCUCAUAUCUAAGGUAAUUGAUCCAUGAAUGGAGAAGACCAGGAUUUUCCUUUUCAUUCUUCUUUUUAUAAUGGGAGAGCUCAGGGUUCUGAAGAGUUUAUAGCCUAUAUCUAUCAUAUACAUAAAAGGAAAUUAUGAAAAUGUAAUGUACAUGGAAAUUUCAAGGCAAGUGGUUUUGAUGGGGGAGCUAUAUAGCUUAGACGUUUAGCCUUCCCACGUCAUGUUGUAUCUAUAACUUUAUGAAUGAAAUGUCUUAUGGUUAAUCAACCGUAUUUUGGUUUAUGCA